AUGAACAUCACACAAAUGGACCUCACGUAUCAGGUUUAUCUGAAGAUGGACCAGAUGCAGAAACACAAGAUUUCUUUGAUUUGCUUAGGGCUGCUGAUGAACCUUUAUGGGAAGGAUCUAGCUCUCCCAAAUGGUUCAAAUAUGCCUAGAACAUUUGUGGAGGCUCGGAAGACCAUUGCGAAGCUUGGUCUUAGAUAUGAGAAGAUUCAUGUGUGCCCAAAUAAUUGUCAGCUCUAUCGGAAAGACAAGAAAUAUGAUGACUUCUGUUCAAAAUGUGGAGCUUCAAGAUGGAAAAAUAAGGCAGAUAAAACAUCAUUAACAAAAAAGGAAAGAAGAAAGACAACCACAAAUAAGCCAGUUUAUGAUGAGCUAAAUGAGUUGUUUGACACUGGUAUGUCUACAUAUGAUGCAUCUCGAGAUGAGAGAUUUCAACUUUAUGCUACAAUAUUGCAUACUGUGAGUGACUACCUUGGGACAGGGAUACUGGCACAGUAUAGUGUUAUGGGACAGUUGGGUUGUGUGUCCUGUGAAGAUGAAACAAGUUCAAUACGCUUGAAGCAUGGCCUCAAGCAAUGUUUCAUGGGACACCGACGAUUUCUACCCACUAGCCAUGAGUUUCGUUAUGAUGCAAAUUCAUUUGACGGAACCGAAGAGCAUCGGUUGAGACCUAUUUCUUAUUCUGGAGUAUCUCUUUUGGAAAGGAUAAAAUCAAUUAAAGACUUUGAGAAGUCCAAAACAUGGAAGGGUGUUAGUGGCCUGUUUUGUUUGUCUUACUGGAAGUAUAAUUUGCUACGGCACAAUCUUGACUUUAUGUAUAUAGAGAAGAAUGUGUGUGAAAAUAUAUUUGGGACACUUUUAGAAAUGGAUGCCAAAUCAAAGGACAAUCUACAGGCAAGGAAAGACUUGCAAGAAAUGAACAUCAGGUCAGAUCUACAUCCACAAAAAAAGGCUAAUGGUAAGUAUUACUUGCCUCCUGCUUUGUAUAACAUGUCUAAAGAGGAGAAGCAACAAUUCUGUAAAGUCCUUCAUGACAUAAAAGUUCCAGAUGGUUAUUCUAGUAACAUCUCUAGAUGUGUAAAUGUUGGUCAAGCAAAAAUUUCAGGCCUCAAAAGUCAUGACUGCCACAUACUAAUGCAACAACUUAUGCCACUUGCUCUGAGAGGUCUUCUCCCAGAUGAAGUUACAUCUGUCUUAUUUGAUUUGUGUGGAUAUUUUAGAGAACUGAAUGCAAAAGUUCUCCACAUGAAUGAACUUGAGAAGUUAGAGGACCGAAUCAUAAUGACGUUAUGUCGGAUGGAGAUGAUAUUCCCUCCUGGGUUUUUCACUAUCAUGGUGCAUCUAGUUCUUCACUUAGCAACAGAGGCAAAAAUAGGUGGUCCUGUAUGUUAUCGAUCAAUGUAUUUUGUGGAAAGUUUGUGUAGGUACCUUGGUGAUUUGAAGUCAAACGUGAGAAAUAAAGCUCGUCUAGAGGGCUGCAUUGCAGAAUCAGUUCUGGCAAAAGAGGCUAUGCACUUUUGUUCAACAUUUCUUGAUGGUUUUCAGACAUUGUCUAAUAGGCUUUCACGGAAUGAUGAUAAUGAGGAGUCACUUGGAUGCUCUACUAGACAUGCAUCAACUCUUUUUCCUCGAUCUGGGAAACCACUUGGGAAGCCAAGUAGUUAUGUCCUGAGAGGUUUGGCUAAAAUAAUGCAGUUAGAGAGGGAAAAUGGCAUUCAUGGUGUUAAAGAUGACAUUAGAUGGCUAGCUCGUGGCCCAGUUGAUGCUGCAAAAAGGUACCAUGCUUUCAACAGUCGAGGUUUCCGUUUUAGGCCCAAACGGUUGGAUAGGGUGACACAAAAUAGUGGUGUAGUGCUAACUGCAAAAACAUCAAGUUAUGCCAGUGCAAGUGAUGGCAGGCCAGUUUUAUGUGAUGUGACUUACUAUGGGAGGAUAAUUGAUAUUAUUGAGCUAAACUACUCUGAUAAUUUUUCUGUGGUACUUUUCAAAUGUGAAUGGGUUGAUGUUCUUUCUAAAAGAGGAAUAAAGAAGGACAGGUAUGGCUACACACUUGUUAAUUUCUCACACCUGAUACAUACAGGAGAAAAGAUUGUUCAUGAACCGUAUAUUUUUCCUAACCAAGCUGACCAGGUGUUUUAUGCUGAAGACAAAGAAAACCCUAGGUGGUCUGUAGUCAUGAAGAUGAAACCAAGAGAUAUAUAUGACACAGGUUGUGAUGAAUGGGAAGAUGAUGUAGAAAAUGAGCCAUUCCAUGCCACACACCUUGGAGAUAUGUUUAAUAAUGCAAAUGAGGUGAAUGAGAUGUUGGGUAGGUCUUGGCUACUACCAUAUGGGUCGAUUUCUGUUGGAGGACUUCUGGUGGCAAUCAGCAUGGGAGUGCAGGAGAUCAUUGUGGAGACCGACACCAUGCUUGUCAGAGAUGCUCUCUCAGGCAACAACUACAGGCUGUCCACAGUUGGGGGUCUAGUCACGGAGAUGAAAUUUUUUAUUAGCGCAGAGCUUAGAUCAGGUAAUCUUAGUGUGUGCAAAUGUGACUGUAAUAGGGUUGCUCAUGCUUUAGCAGCAGCCGGGUGUAAGUUUUCCAGUGGCAUUAGUAACACUUGGGAUGGUGUACCUCAGGAGUUUGAGUGUGUGGUAACCAGCGAUUUGGCCGGAGUCAAUGAGUAA